AUGUCUACUACCUCACCUCUACUGCCACUCGGCCAAGGACCUCGAGUGAUAGUCUACCAUCAAACCCAUCAUGGCCCCAACAACGGUCCUCCCAUUUCUCUGCUCCCCCUCAUCACCAAUGCCACAGGAGUCACACAUGUCAUCAUCGCAGCCAUACACAUCAACUCGCGACCCGAAGACCUCACAUUAAACGACACCAGUCCCUCUGACGAAAAAUUCAACAUUCUCUGGGGAGAAGUCGCCUGGCUGCAAUCCAGCGGCAUCAAAGUCCUAGGCAUGUUAGGAGGUUUCGCCAAAGGCAGUUUUGAAAGAUUGUGUAACAACACAUCUUCUGAUGGUGUCGUACAAUUCGAAGCCUUCUACCUUCCACUUCGAGAUAUGAUUCGACAGCGUCGUCUCGAUGGUUUAGAUCUCGAUAUUGAAGAACCCACCAGUCUCGCCGGCACGAUUCGUCUAAUUGAUCGGUUACGAGCGGAUUUUGGUCCGGAUUUUUUAAUCACUUUGGCUCCUGUUGCGACGGCUCUGUUGCCCGGUCAGCCGCAUUUGUCCGGACCGGAAUUCGAUUAUCGCGUGCUCGAGCAGCUGCGAGGUGAGGAGAUUGCGUGGUACAAUACGCAAUUGUAUUGUGGAUGGGGAGAUGCCGGUACGACGGCUUGGUACGAUGCCAUUAUCCGAGCCGGAUGGAAUCCCGAGAAAGUCGUCAUGGGGCUCAUAUCGAAUCCAUCAAACGGACCCGGCCACAUCGAAUGGUCUCGUCAAGAACCCGUCCUCCAAGCUCUCCGAACACGCUAUCCAACUUUCGGCGGUGUCAUGUGUUGGGAAUUCUUCAACGCAUUACCCGGAGGUCUAGAAAGACCUUGGGAAUGGGCAGCAAAUAUGGCUCGUACACUUCGCACGCCCAUCUUACCGACUGCGGCUCCUGCACUCCCACCAACCAGACCACCAUAUUAUGGUGGUAUUCCUCAACUUCCUCAACCGGCUCAUAAUUUCCCCGCGGAGAGUAUUAAAACGUUGAAGGAGCUGGGCUUUAGUGAGCAGCAAGCGGUGGCAGCGUUAAAUUCUACGGGAGGAAAUGUCGAAUAUGCUGCUGGUUUACUCUUUCAGGAUUGAAAGAUUAACUCGCCAAGUAGUAAACAUAAAGGGAGUUGACUUUGGGGGAGUUUCAAUCGAAGUAAACAGGAUGAACUGCAGUCUUCCCAAACUUGAUUGACAAGGUAUCUGUACUGCCGAUUCUUCUAUGCGGACAUGGGAUCCUCUGCGCGAAAUGAGCUGCUGCUGCUGCUGAUGAUUUCAUCUGCGUCACGUGAUAUGAGCAGGCAUGUUCUUUGCCCCUGCUUCUCUAAGUUAUAGGCUAGCUAUAGUACAAGUUCAACUAUCGUGAUGUGGCAUGUGCACUUUCGUGAGAGACAUUGAGCGUGACAGGUCUCAGGCUCUAGCUGCGUUCGCUACCGCGAAGGCGCACGACCUGUCCGUACUUUUGCAGUUUCGUGAUGAGCUGAUCGCCUUGUCGAACCACAUCGUUGUACUGCUUGUUCUUGUCAUCUGCGCGCUGCGUCUCAAUGAUCCCUCGAACUCGAUCAAUCGUGCACGGAAGUCUGUCUGAUGCGAUGAACGGCGCCAGGUCCUUGUCCAGCCAGUCGACGGAUACUCCAAAGCUGUUUGCCAUGGAUUCUAGCCCCACCACUUUGUAGCUCUGCAGCAGCUGCGCGUAUGCACGCAGUCGCAUUUCUCGCACAAACCAGCUCUUGUGCUCGUACAAGUAUCGGUCUGUUGACAAGAAGUUUUGCUCGACUGCAGCCAAGCUGGAAAAGAAGCUCGAAUAUUCGCCCUUGUACAGACUCUGUAUCAUGGUCGCGAGGGGCUUGAAAUCAACCUUGGGCUCUGCCUUGGCCUGGGCUUCAGCAGAUGCUGACCCUGUGGCGAGCGUAGUAAGGUUGACAGCUGUCGGCGUAGGUGUUGCGGAACUCUCCACUUCCAUCUUCUCCUCGUCACCUGCAGCCGGCCCCGCAGAUGAGGAGCCGGCGAGAGCAGCAAGACGAUCUGUAUCAUUUGCACUGCCAAAGACAGCAAUCACCUCCGGUGCAUCCACUACCUUAGACUUGAAGUCGCGGCGAGGCAAGCUCACAGCGCCAGCAAGCGUGGCGUACACCACGAGCGAGCUGUACGAGCAGAGUUCUGUCGAGGUGAAGGUGGAUAAAGAGUCGAGGAGUAGUGGUGCGGCGAGGUUGUGGGCGCGAAUGGUGAGCAAAUGCAGACCGUUGUAGGCCUUGAGUCGAUUCCGGCGGUCCCAGUCACCUCCACUCUCCACUAGCAUCUGCGCGCGGUCUACAUUCUUCUUGACCAGUAGCUUGUCGUCGAAGAAGAGACCUAUGCGGAUGAUGGCAAGAACAAUGUCGAUCUUGGUACCCAGAAUGCUUGUCUUCUCCAACAGCUUCUCGAACUCCUCCAGCGCCUUGUCCUUGUCACCCACUCGUGUAUAGAACUCUGCGCGCUUCCCUCGUGCCGCCUGCACCUCGGUCUCGCCCGCAUUCUCCACAGCAUCGUCCUCAGCCUUCUGGAUCUCCGCCAGCUCCUUAUCGUUGUCCGCCUUGAGUGUUUCAUACAACUUCUCGUCCCACGGCAGCUCCACACUGGUAUCCUUGUUCCCGCCCAGCACGCCCAGUAUCGAGGGCUGGUUGAUGCUGCUGGUCCGCCGUAGCAUGUGGAAGGGCGACGGGGCUUUGGAGUUUGUGUUUUGUCUGCUGAUGGUCGGCGACAGUGCGGCGCUGCCUUCGCCCGACGCGUUCAGCUUUCCCGUCUGAGGAUGCGCCAGGUAGGCGUACAGCGGAGCCAUCUUGUGCUCCCGGAUGUCAUCUUGCAGACUCUUCAGCGCGGCGUGCUUGACUUUGGCGUCGGUGGAGGGCGAGGCGAGGGCAAAGACGCUUUGCGCGAUGGCGAGCUGCGGAAACGCCAGGUACAUUGGUUCGCCCAUCUCGGCUCUCUGCUCUCCGCUGAUCUGCUCUUCUCGCCUGGUCCUUUCGUUUUCUGAAUAUAAUUGUCAGUUUCAGAAGAGUGCGCCGGAGUGAGUGGUCGAUGCGGUCGUUGUGUGCGGAAAGGAAGGGAGUAG